GAUCAAAUUUCUGCUGCAGUAACAUUUUUUUCCGCACAGACCCUUUUAUAAGGCCCCCUUCCUUUUUUUCUCUGCUCAUUAUUGCACGGUUCUCUCUUCCAGUGCCCCCAUUUUCUCUCAAAUUUGAACUGGUGAAGCUGUUCUCCUUCUCCUUCAUUUUCUGCAGCAACUACGCCGAUAUUAAUCGAAGAGGAGGAGGAGCGGCAGAAGCCAAUGCCGAAAUCAAGAGGAUCUGAGAUGCCACAGCAGCGACAAUCCCCUCGCGCUCCACUCCAUCUCAAGCCCACAGCUUCCUCCGAGGCAAUCUCCAUUCGCAGCCCGAAGCUUGAAGAUCGACGCUCUCCUCGUAGUCCUGUCCAAGAGCAGAGGAAGAAGGGGUCCAGAAUAGCGGAUCUAGAGAGAAAGCUGGACCAAGCGCAGGAGGAGCUCGAGAAGGUGAAGGAACAACUGGCGUCGGCGGAGGCGGCGAGGAUAGACGCGGUAAAGGAGCUUGAAGUCACAAAGAAGCAUUUUCCCGUCUCUCCCCUGAAAUCCGCAGCUCUAGAUCCAGCUGAUGAGGAGAAAGAGAAGACUAUAAAUGUCGAGGAAGAGAAAGUUGAUCUUGGCGAAGUCCUCAUGGAAAAAGGCGAGCCUUUGCGCGCAGAAGAAGACAGUGUGAACUGCAAGACCACCGACGUCUUCGAAGUAGCUCCAGCGAGCAGCGAAGGAGAAGGAAGCGGACUGGAAGAGGAAGAUGCAGUGGGAACUAAGACAAAGGUGAUCGCUGAAGAAGAAAAAGUGAAAGAGGAAAUGAAAGCAUUGGAGAAGGAGAUGCAGAACGAAGACAUGGUAGAGAGCUUAGAGCUUAUCGAGCUGAAAGCAAUCCUGGUUGAGAAAGAGAAGCAACUCGAAAUCGUUGUAGCCGAGAAUCAUGCUCUUAUAAAAGAAGCAGAGAAUGUAAAAGUUGAAUCCUUACAGUGGAGAGAAAAAGCCGAGGAGGUGACAACAAAGCUCUCUGAAGCUGAGGAGGAACUGAAAAAAACUAAGAUGGCUUCUGAGCGCCAGAGAGAGAAGUUCGAGUCAGAUGCAACUGCGAAAGCGUCAAUGGAAGCUGAAAUGAAGCGCUUAAGAGUGCAGACAGAUCAAUGGCGCAAGGCGGCGGAGGCUGCGGCGGCGGUGCUUGUUGCAGGGGAUGGUUUGGUGAAUGACGGAGAGUUGAAGGGAAGAGGGUUGGGUGAGAGCGGCAGAUCAAUGGAAAAGCAUCUUCGAGGUUAUGGCGGCGGCGGGUGGUCACCUGUGAUCGCCGGAGGUGAGGGUGAAGAGGUGGAUGGGGGAGGGAAGAGGAGAGGAAGCGGUGGAGGAAUUCGGGUGUUUGGAGAGCUAUGGAAGAAGAAGAGCCAACUGAAGUAAUUCAGGAGGAGCAGAAAGUUUGGUUGUGAUUCUCAUCAACCAGGAUUCUUCCAACAUGCUGUUUAGCUUCUUCUUCUUCUUCUUCUUCUUCUUCUUCUUCUUCUUCUUCUUCUUCUUCUUCACUGUUUUCUGGAUUUAGGUGCUUUGUUCUGCUUGUUUUUGAAGGAUUUGGUUUUAUUAAUCUGUUGUUUUGUUUUUAUGAGCCAUUGAUGUUAGGUGAUUUCUUUUGUUGUU